AUGCCUUCCGCGACUACUCAGCCAACUGCCAGUGCUUGGACUGUUGUAGGCACCGGUGGGAAACACCAAACGGCUGCGAGUGUCGCUGCAUCACGACCUUCUAUGGUUGCUCAAGCGUCUAAUCCGAGCAUUGUGCCAGCUCGUCCGACAGGUGUUGCAAGCACAGCUCGAACUGUGAGUUCGUCAAUAGUAGCAAAGAAUGCUUCUUCCACGUCUAAGGCGGCGGAGGAGCCUGCCGCACCGUCUCUGGAAUUUAUGAAAUGGAUGAGGGAUGCAUUGAAGGGGUUGAAUAGCUCUGUCCAGUUUGAGGAGAUAGCACAGAUGCUACUUUCCUUCCCUCUCGACCCGGAUGACACUACCAAAGAGCUCAUCGCGGAAACCGUCUACGGAGCGAGUACUACGCUUGACGGGAGACAAUUCAUGCACGAGUUCGUAUCGAGACGCAAGGAAGACGCUCUUGGUCGUUCGCGUGGUGGUCGUGAUCAGGCAUCAAGUGGGAAGUCAACAUCACUCGCUGAUGUGGUGAAGACGCAGCCGAAGCAGGCCCAGAACGACUUUGGGGCGUUCAAGGUCGUGAAGAAGAAGAAUAAGCGUUCCUGA